AACAGCUCAAACGGCCGUGCCUGAACAGUGGACAUCCACUGCGAGAACGUCAACGCAACCCAUGUGCAGGCUUAUAUCAUUAUAUCAUUUCGAAUGUAAAAACAUUACAUGUUUUUUAUAUGUUCAGUUUUAAAAGUAAUAGAAAAUGUUUGUGUCUAAUCUACUUCCCAUUGCGGGUGGCAAAUCGGCGGAAAACAACAUGUCAUGUCUGAAAGGACCAAACACCGAGUGAUAUGAUGCCAGCUCCCACAGAUCUGACACCUUUGACAAUAAGGAAGCAUGCACCAUUCUCCUGCUGAGCCUGAUACGGACAGCUGCACUGCUACUGCUGGCAAGUGUUGGCAAACGGUUACGAGGUAAUUCAAUUAAAACGAUCUUUAGUUACUGUCAUUGGGACGGGGAUAUUUUGUCUUACCGUGAGAGCCUCCGGAUUUCUAAAACAGGUCUGUUCCCACUUGGUCUGUUCACACUCCCUGAAUGUCCUUCCUCACAAUGAAGACCAGCUGUAUGUUUAGCAGAAUGUAUCCUCUACUGAUAUCAUCUGCUCUAGCAGUCAUGGUCUACCUCAUCAUCACAUUGCCCAGCAGGUCACAGCCAGGCAAGCACAAACCCCACAGUCAACUUUAUCCAUUCAACACCUCCAGCCAGUCCAUCACGCCAGUCUAUGGCACCAGACAUUUUAUGGUCGGUGCUUACAAGGAAUAUCGUGUGACCGGACGCUCCGUACGCAUCAUUAGUAUCUUCCGACGAGACUCUGUGGAGCCUCUGUACUGCGUGUUCUACUGUGGGGCUGACUGGGCCAAGACUGGAAUGGAGGCAGAAGUACAAGUGCACUCCGACCAUUUUGGUUUUCCCUUUGGGACGACUGAUGUCUUGUGUCCACAUCCUCCCGGCUGCCACCCCACACAUGUCACCCUCUCCAAACAAGCCGAUGCCCAGUAUGCACAGAACCACACUUUCCUCCGAAUCCAGAACCUUUUGAAGAGGGACGAAGAGGAGACAUUCCCACUUAACUUCACUGUCUGUGUUUCUAAUCUGUUUGGUGACUAUAACAACGUGCUUCAGUUCGCCCAGACUCUGGAGAUGUACAAGUUGUUGAAUGUGCAACGUGUCGUGGUGUAUAAAACCAGCUGUGGUCCAGACCUGGAGAGACUUCUGCGGAGUUACACAGAUGACGGCUUUUUGGAGGUGGUGCCCUGGCGUAUCGACAAACACAUGACCCCAUCAAGUGGAUGGCAGCCCACUGAGCAUGGAGGGGACAUCCACUACUAUGGCCAGCUGACCACUCUCAAUGACUGUGUCUAUAGAUAUAUGUACCAGUCACGCUAUGUUCUGCUGAACGACAUAGAUGAGAUUAUUACACCAUACCAACAUGAAACCCUGACUCAGCUGAUGGAGGACCUUCAGAGGCAACACCCAGAGGCCGGAGUGUUCCUCAUAGAGAACCACAUCUUCCCAAAGUCUCAGUUUGAGCCCAGCGGAAGGUUUGAUCGGCUCAGCUGGAGGGACAUUCCAGGGAUCAACAUAAUGCAGCACAUCUACAGAGAGGAGCCAGAUUAUAGAAUCUACCACCCCUCCAAGAUGAUCAUAAGACCCAGGACAGUGGAGCAGACAUCGGUCCACUCUGUGCUGCGUAACUUUGGGGAGACGAUAAAUGUUCCUCCUCAGCUGUGCCAUAUUAUCCAUGUCAGAGUUCCCCUACAAAAUGGACUGAGCAAGGAGGAGCUACACGAAGACAAGAGGAUCUGGGACUAUGAGAAACAAUUGGUGCCUAAUGUAGAUAAAGCACUGGAGCGAGCAGGGUUUCUAACCACAGGGUAAGCAAGACAGAGAAAGUUGGGGUGACAAUAUCAGAGCUACACGUUUAGCCCUUAAUGCCUUUGCUGUUCCAGAUGUUCCAACAAAGAGACUUCCAAGCACUGAUCCAGCAGGGAGGACAGAAUGUUUCUAAUAUUCAGUCUGAAUGUUUUCUACAGAGGAAAACAUAUGAACAGUUUAGGGGUUUAGCUGGAUGUGUAGUACAUUGUUUAUAUGUGAUUAAUAUAUUUGUCAAAUAAUUUGUAUUAAAUUUGAAAACUAAUUCGAGGCACAAAUCAGCGAAUACGUGACACUGUACAUAAGUUGUGGUGACCCUUUUUGGCUCAACAGCACCUCUUUGCCUGUAAAUGGACAAGAAUUGCUAACUUUUUUCCAUGAGCGUAGAGAUUUUUAGGUUUGUGAAGGACAGGGGAAAAUAAUGGUUUAAAGCAAUGGUGUCUUGUAAUAAAUGUGUUAUUUGUGUUGUGUUUAUUAUAGGUUAUACCAGGCAAAAGUGCCUUUAUGUUUAAAAGACAGUUAAUGCGAAAUCAAUCCUUGGGUAAAUUUUUCUUGCCUCAAUUCAGUCGUCUGGAGGCCCAUGUUGAGCAGAGGCGGAGUUUAAAUGGGUGCGAUGGUUGCGCGCCACCCAUGGCAGCCAAUCAGAGGGCCCCAGAAGAAGUGUAUCUUAAGGUUGAAAAAACAUUGCAUAGAUACUAUAUAGUUGACAUUGAAGUGAUAAUAAUCUAUAUUUGUCUUGUUAUUCCAUAAUGCAUUUGUAUGAUGAUCAAUAUGUGACCAUGGGGCGAAUUGUAACGACUCGUCAUGGUGUAGUGUUGGAGGGAACCAGGCGCAGGCAGAUAUCACGUUCGUUGGUUUUAUUAAAACAACAA